UGGUCAGUCCCACACAGCUGAGUUGAUCGGUGUAAACAAAUGUGACACACAACACAGCUGGGCCGACGUGGACACUUCACUCAAGGCAGGUCGCCUGGCAGUGGGUCGCCUGGCAGUGGGUCGUCUGUGACAAUGACACCAACUAAGCAACCAAUUGACUUCCUUAUAUACCUCAUUCUGUUUGGAUCAACGAUAUUUGUCAAUAAGUAUGUGCUCUCUGUGCUGAACUUCACCUACCCCACUAUCUACCAAGGCUGGCAGACCCUGGUCGGGGGUAUCCUCCUGCGAGUUCUUCUCUCAAAUAAAUGCCUCUCUGUAUCUGCUACAGACUUGGAUAAACCCGGAUUUAUAUCACUUUUGCCAUCAUUUCUCUUCUUCUCAGCUGGCAUUGUCGCAAAUUCCAAAGCUCUUGCUAACUUGAGUGUACCUGUGUUUCUAUGUUUACAAAAUACACUGGGAGCGAUGCUGUACCUGAUGGAAAUUGCUCCAAGCUUCAGGGGUGGUUCUGGACCCUUCCCUCUCCUAGCCAGCCUCGUCACCAUUGGGACGGCUAUAACUGCUGUCCUCGCUGAUAUUGAUAUGACGUUUUCAGAUUCACCAUACUUUUGGAUGCUGGUGUAUCUAGCAUGUGUUGCGGUACAGACCCUUCACUCCAAGAUUGCUGAUGCUCGCUAUACUGACGUUGACCGACUUUACUUCUCAUAUGUGUUUAGUGUUGUGGUGUUGGCUCCAGCGUCAUUAUACUUGGAAGAGGCGUUUGAAGUGCUCCAUUUUCCUCACGCUAUGCGGUAUGACUUUUAUGCUGGCUGCCUCCUCUCAGGGGUGUUAGGCUUGUUCCUUAACCUCUCAUUUAUGAAGGUUCGGAGGCAUAAUUUCUUUUCAAUAGUGGACGCAUCAGGAAGAUUGCUCACCUCUCUCCUAGCACUUGCCACGUUUGCUGAUGUAACAACAGUCACGGUUAAGAUUUUAGUGUGCGUAAACCUUGUGUCUGCUGUUUUUGUGCCUCUUCCAACCAUGAAAGAUGCAGAAGGGUUGGACGAGGCAACCGAGCCACUUAAAGAAGGAGUGUAAGAUGGAAGUUUCACUUGAUCAAGAGAGCAAAGAUGGAAGUUUCACUUGAUCAAGAGAGCAAAGAUGGAAGUUUCACUUGAUCAAGAGAGCGAAGAUGGAAGUUUCACUUGAUCAAGAGAGCGAAGAUGGAAGUUUCACUUGAUCAAGAGAGCGAAAAUGGAAGUUUCAAUUGAUCAAACAGUGUAAGAUGAAAGUAUCAAUUUAUCAGUAAAUACUGUGUUGAAGUUCUAAGCUAAUAUAAAUAUGGCAGCAUACUUGUACUGUACUGUUUAUGGAAAUUAAAUUGAUAUUAAUUUUAAAUACUGUAUACAGUAUUAAUCAAUGUUGAACUUUACUGUAAACCUUUAAUGGUGUAUAUUAAUGAAUAUUGUGAUGUUUUGGUUUUUUCUAUUUGUGAUGUGGAUGAUAAGUAUGUGUAAGGCAUAACACCUAAUGCUUUAAUAAAUCACCUCAUUUUGUUUAUCAUUCACCUUAUCAUCAUCAAGAUGUGGUGUAAGCAGUAGGUCUUCCUUCAGAAGGUAUAGAGUGUAUACUGUACCUGUAUGUUAGAUGAUCAGUGGGAACAUAGAUAGUACUAUAGGUUAGGGUUGUAAUUAACUAUUAUUUUAGUUAGGUAGUAUAUAGCAUUUUUAACUUGUAAAUUAUAAAUAAGUAAGACUACAGUAGCUGGUUAUUUUACUGCUCUCAUGUGUAAAUUUGAUCCAAUUAUUACAUGCUCUAAUAAAAAAGAAAAAUUUA